AUGAAGGAAUUGGCAGAUGGAACACCGAUCACCGUCAGCUGGGAUACCAAACGGAAUACGUCCCGCGCUGCCGUUGUCCGUCGGGAGCUCGCAAUCGAUACUGAAGACGAUAUAAGAACAAACCUAAGCACACAAGGUGUGACUGAAGUUAAACAUAUCAGCAGAAUGAGCGACGACAAAAAAACGAAAUUCAACACCGGAGUCGUGAUUCUCACGUUCUCCCAGCCUUCACCGCCAGAAAAACUGAAAAUUGGAUACCGCGUCUGCAGAACCGAAAAGUACUACCCCCGACCAACGCAAUGCUACCGGUGUUACGAGUAUCAGCACAUUAGUAAAUUUUGCAAAAAAGAAGAACGCUGCCGAACCUGCGGCGAAAAGGCACACCUGGAAAGUGAUGAAUGCUCGAAAGAAAUAAAGUGCAUAAACUGCGACGAUAAUCAUAUCUCGACCAGCAAGGCAUGCCCAAUUUUCAGGCAAGAGCAGCAAAUAAUCAAAAUAAAAACGGAUAAAAACAUCUCAUACACCGCAGCCCGGAAACAACUUAUCAACAACAACGAAAAACCAAGUUACGCAAAAGUUACAGGCGAUGUCCAAACCAUCGUCGAAAAUGCAAGAAAACAGUGGGAAAAGGAGCUGGAGGAGAAAAUGAGCUUUAUCUCGGAAAAAAUGAAAGUUAUUUCGGAACGAAUGGAAGCGCUCAACGAAAAAGAAGCAAAUAUUAAAAACUGGUAUAACUACCUCAAAGAUAAAGAAAAGAAUUUAAAGAUCACUGAAGAGAAAAUGCAAAAAGAUAUCGAAGAAAUGAAAACGCACUGUGACAAGCUAACAAACGAGCUGCAGAAAAAGGAUGAAUUAAUAGAAAAAUUAACAAAAAACAUUGAGCCGCAGACCCAGAAAACGAUCACAACUAAAGACAAACAUGGAAAAAAAAUUAAAUGUGACAAACCGAUCGAAUCAUCUCCCGACAGAGAAACCAGAGAAGGCACACCAAGAAGGAAAAGCAACCGAAUAAACAACAAAAACAACAACAAACAAAGAAAAACAGAUUCCUCAGACAUGGAAACAGAGGAAUUAAACGACGAUAACUGA